AGGCUCGCGAGGCUGUGAGCAGCCACAGUGCCCUGCUCAGAAGCCCGGGGCUCGUCAGUCAAGCCGCUUCUCUGUUUGCACUCAGCAGCACGGGCAGGCGAGCGGCCCCCAGUUCCGGGAGCAGAGCAGGUGCACCCCAGUCCUGGUCCUACAGCCCCAAGCCUCGCCUGCCCGCCCGGUACCAGGAUGGCAACCAUCACCUGCACCCGCUUCACGGAAGAGUACCAGCUCUUCGAGGAACUGGGAAAGGGAGCCUUCUCCGUCGUGCGCCGCUGUGUGAAGGUGCUGGCCGGCCAGGAGUAUGCCGCCAAGAUCAUCAACACCAAGAAGCUCUCAGCCAGAGUCCGCCUGCACGACAGCAUCUCUGAGGAGGGACACCACUACCUGAUCUUCGACCUGGUCACUGGCGGGGAGCUGUUUGAAGACAUCGUGGCCCGGGAGUAUUACAGUGAGGCAGAUGCCAGUCACUGUAUCCAGCAGAUCCUGGAGGCCGUGCUGCACUGCCACCAGAUGGGGGUGGUGCACCGGGACCUGAAGCCGGAGAAUCUGCUGCUGGCCUCCAAGCUCAAGGGUGCUGCUGUGAAGCUGGCGGACUUUGGCCUGGCCAUAGAGGUGGAGGGGGAGCAGCAGGCGUGGUUUGGGUUUGCAGGGACCCCCGGAUACCUGUCCCCAGAAGUGCUGCGCAAGGACCCGUAUGGGAAGCCUGUGGACCUGUGGGCCUGCGGGGUCAUCCUAUACAUCCUGCUGGUUGGGUACCCCCCAUUCUGGGAUGAAGACCAGCACCGCCUGUACCAGCAGAUCAAGGCCGGCGCCUAUGAUUUCCCCUCACCAGAAUGGGACACUGUCACCCCAGAAGCCAAGGACCUCAUCAACAAGAUGCUGACCAUCAACCCGUCCAAACGCAUCACGGCCGCCGAGGCCCUCAAGCACCCCUGGAUCUCGCACCGGUCCACCGUGGCCUCCUGCAUGCACAGACAGGAGACCGUGGACUGCCUGAAGAAGUUCAACGCCAGGAGGAAACUGAAGGGCGCCAUUCUCACCACCAUGCUGGCUACCAGGAACUUCUCUGGAGGGAAGAGCGCGGGGAACAAGAAGAGCGAUGGCGUGAAGAAAAGAAAGUCCAGUUCCAGCGUUCAGUUAAUGGAAUCUUCGGAGAGCACCAACACCACCAUUGAGGAUGAAGACACCAAAGUGCGGAAACAGGAAAUUAUAAAAGUGACAGAGCAGCUGAUUGAAGCCAUAAGCAAUGGAGAUUUUGAGUCCUACACGAAGAUGUGCGACCCCGGGAUGACGGCCUUCGAACCCGAGGCCCUGGGGAACCUGGUCGAGGGCCUGGACUUCCAUCGAUUCUAUUUUGAAAACUUGUGGUCUCGAAACAGCAAGCCCGUGCACACCACCAUCCUGAACCCCCACAUCCACCUGAUGGGCGACGAGUCGGCCUGCAUUGCCUACAUCCGCAUCACGCAAUACCUGGACGCGGGCGGCAUCCCCCGCACCGCGCAGUCGGAGGAGACCCGCGUGUGGCACCGCCGGGACGGCAAGUGGCAGAUCGUCCACUUCCACAGAUCGGGGGCGCCCUCGGCCCUGCCGCACUGAAGGACCGGGCAGGGGUCACCGCGUGGCUGCGUGGCAGAGACCCACUCUUUGUUCGUGGAAUGUGGCUGCUGGUUCUCCCACUUGGAUUUUGCUGGAAUUCACCCCAUCUCACCCCACCACCGCCGCCGCCGCCACCAUUGGCACCCCUGUACCUGCAUCAAGAAAACCUGCUUGUCCACACAGCCAUCCUGACUUCAGGUCCCCCGUGCCCACCUCUCACUCUCGCUCCCUCCGCUGUGGGGGCAGGGCUGCCUCAGGCCUGGGUGUCCAGGCUGCUGGCCCCAAGGGCUCCCCAGCCCCACCCCCACCCCUGCUGUUGGCUGCUGGCCUUGCCUUGGCUGUUGGCUGGGACACCCCUCAGCUGUGUGUCCACCAGGGCUGGGGGGAGGGAGGCGUGCAGUGGCGAGGAAGGGGCAGCGGCCCACCCGUCUCGCAGCUCUCUCCUCUUCCAGGGGCUCCGGGGUAGGGCAGUGAACCCCACCCCAGCCCCUGGAAGCAGCUGCCUGCAGAAGAGAGCGGGCAGAUGCCAAGAGCCCCUGCCUCAAACCGCCUCCCUACCUCUCCCCCGCCGGCCGACCUCGCGGUGGCCGCCCACCCGCGCCCCCGGUGGGAGCAGUGCCACCCUCUCAGGUGCCCCACUCGCCGCCUCCUCCUCCGCCUUCCAGAGCUCGCCUGCCCCCUCCUGGCCCCGCCCCCGGUCACCCUGUCCCCAGCAGCCUCGUCUUGCUUGGGGGGCACAGAACACAGCGUCUCUGUACCGUGUCACUCCCACUCGGACCGCAUGCCUUUUUAUAGCCAAAUUCUGUGUAUUUCGUAAAGGGAUCUCGCGUUAAUGGCUAUCUGUGCUAACUACACCUCUGAAACGUUGUGAGGAGGACUGGGCUGGGCUGGGACGAGGUGGGGGGGUGGGAGGAGGGGGGAGGGGAGACUUUUUCUGUUCUGGUUUUGUUUUUGUUUUGUUUUGUUUUUUUGGUCCUCUCUGAGGUGGCCCCUGUUUCUGGGGCCCAGGACGGCUCAGCUCCAGAGAGAACCUCGCUGCCAUUGUGGCCGCAAGGUGAGCUGACGUCACAGUUCGUCUGGGGACCCCGGGACCCCCAGACACCAGCGCUGAGGAGGGGCAGGCUAGCUGGGGGCGAGCAUCUGGGCUCUGCUUCCCUCCCAGAUGGGGGUCCGCCCUCGUGCACGUCCCGGGACGCUGGGCAGCCGCCCCAGGCAUGGCGCUCCUGCGCCUCAUCCCUCGGCCUUGGGUUCAAGUUUGUGUCCUUGCUCUCCUCCGUCUCCCUGCCCCGGGACUGACUCUGGGGAGGCGUGGCUUGGCAUCUCCAUGGGACCUCCUGUCUGCACCGUUUCUUUGCAUGACUUUAUAUGCAGUAAGUAUGUUGCAAAAAAAAAAAAAAAAACCGAAAACAAGAAAAAAACUCAACAAAACCACACGUUCUGGACAAGAGACCACUGAGGCUGAGCGCGCAGUGCCGGCUCGGGGUCCUGUAGCUGCCUCUCCGUGCUCUGGCCUCUGUGCGGCCAUGUUCUGCCGGCACGAGGUGCAGUCCCCUCUGAAGGGUUGGAGAGGAGGAGGAGUCACCCCCCUCCCCGGGCUAUAGAGGCGGCGCCAUCCCUGGACCCUCCUGGGUGUCCUUUGGCGUGGGACUGGCGAAGCCGUUUGGUCCAGAACUUUCUGAGGUUUCCAGAUCACAAGCUACCCAGGGACAGGCGAGAAGCCCAGGCUGCCGGCCAGGAGAGAGGCGCCCAGGCCUCCCGUUGAAAGCUGGUCUGUCCCGGGCCUCUGUCCUCGGCACAGCCUGGGGUGGGCUCCUGGCCUGCUCUGGGCACAGAGGACUUCCCAGGAAGGCCCAGGGAUCCCUUUGCCCUAGCGGCAAACCCGCCUGGCCCCGUCGUGGGCCACUGGUUCCCAGCGCUGUCCUCGGCUGCGUGUGGCCUUCAGAUGUUCCUGAGGCAAGGUCUGGGCCCUUCUUCUGCCUCAGUUUCCCCGUCAGUUCAAAGGGUUAAGUGUUCUUAGCCAGACUGACGUCGUGGACACGUGUCGGGGCUCGGCGGGGCUUGUGGCUGCUGGCCCUGGCCAGUCCCGCCCCGCACCCACCUGCCCGUCACUCGCUGCUCAGCGGCCAGGGAAAGAGCAGCCGUAUGCAUGGAGCGGGCUGCCGUUCCCAGCGCUGGCCACCCUGCUCUGUGAGCUGGGCCAGUCUGCCCUGGGCCUGGAUGACUUCCCUUCUCGGAGUGCAGGUCCCUACCCUAGGCUGAGAUGGCCCCUACGGGAGAGGCCACCCCUGGGGGUGCGCAGCCGCCUGGCACAGACCCCAGGCACCCGGGGCGACCCUGAGACGCAGGCCCGGAGCCCACUCUCCCCAGGCAAACCCUGGGCUCCUGCAGAACACCCUGAAGAUGCAAAAACCCCUCACUCCUGGCAAAGCCUGGGCUCCAGCAUGCAAACUUGUGUUUACAGGAACGUGCCAGCUUGGUGCCCGCUUGGUGCCCGCCGGUGCGAAUCCUGACCCGCGGCCUCCUGCCUUCCCUCCGAGGGAGACCCUUUUGGGGGGAUGUGUUUGCCGGACUCCCCAUGCUGGUUUCUUUGUUACUAUUUGUUUGGGGGUUUGUUUAAGGUCUUUCUUUUUCUUUCUUUUUCUUCUUCUUCUUUUUUUUUUUUUAAAUACGUGGCUGUGAACUUGAAUGACCACUGCUCAAAAAUUUCUGCUCUUGGGGGUGGGGCGGGGAGGGAAGAUGGGGCGUCUGUUUUAUUCUUGGUGUUUUCAGUGCAAUAAAUAGCUGCAAAUUUCUGUGCA